AUGACUGUUUUGGCUGUCUUGCCAGAACCAACAAUUUCGCCAUUGCCUGGAAGUUGGAAGUAUGAUUUAUUGGUGUUCAUUAUAGCCAUGAAAAUAUAUCCCACAACAAACAGAAGUUGGCUUUCUUUCUCCAGAUACCCAACUCCAUUCUGCAGACCACCAGAAGAAUUUUUCAACAAGCCCAUCACAAUCUCCAAAGUGGCUGACAUCUGGACACUGGAAGUUGUUCUGUAUAAUGCUGACAUGGGUUGGGGUGAGAUGCUGGAGACUUGUCAAUGGAAUGUUGCUGCUGGAGAGUUCAAAGCCCUGGAGGAUAUGCUGAGAUCUAUAAUGAUGUUUGAACUGACAGAAAGACCAACUGUGAAACAGCUCUUGGAGUUGAAGUAUAUUGUAAAGUGGGCAAUGCCAGCAUGGGAGAGGCAGGUGGAAUGGAAGAGUGCCUUGACUAAAACAUUGAUCUCUCCAUAA